CGUACAUCAUUACUACCUACAUCUACUAACCCUGAAUGAAAUCCAGAUUCUUCUACAGUCUUCAACUUCACUAAACCCUAUUUACCAGUUUAAAUCGUGAUGGCAUCAACUUUGACCUUGACCCCGUGUCGUAGUCUUGACUUUGAUGACGAGGUCAAAUUCCUAAUGACCCCGGAAGUGAAGAAGGACCUCCGUCAGUUGUUCGAUGAUGAAGAUUCCGGACUUGGAAUGGAUGAUAUUGGGAUCCCAUCAACAGAUUACAAGGUGUCCACACGUUUGGAUUUCAGUAACGUGUUCGCCUCCCCGGUACGGCAUAUUGAUGGUAACUAUACCGGGUUAAAGCGUUCCCUCUUCUCAGGCAAGCGUCACCGUGAUGAGGAUGAUUGCGUUACUCCAUCGUCUAAGAUACAGCGGAGGAGCGGUGGAAUGAAGAGGACGAUGUCUUAUGAGGACAGUCCGAUGUUGAUACCACGUGACAUGAAGGCUGCUGUAGACCGUUUGGUGGAGGAGGAUUUGAUAGGGGACGGGACCGACACGUUUUGUCUGCCGACCAUCAGGGGCAAACACCAGGACCUCAAGUCCAUCUCAGCUGAUACGAUGGCCGAUAUACUGACCGGAAGUUAUGAUGACGUCAUCGAUACUUACAGAAUCAUCGACUGUCGAUACCCGUACGAGUACGAUGGGGGUCACAUCAAGGACGCAGAGAAUAAAUAUACACGUGACCAGGUCCAACAGUUGCUUCACGACACGCAGGCGUGUGACGUCACCGGGAAAAGAAACAUUCUCAUCUUCCACUGUGAAUUCUCAUCAGAGAGGGGACCCAAGAUGAUGCGUUUCCUGAGGGCCCAAGACCGUACUCAGAACGAGGCUAACUACCCGUCCCUGACCUUCCCCGAGGUGUACCUACUUGAUGGCGGUUACAAAGCGUUCUAUCACAAAGACAAGACUCUGUGUCAACCAAUGGAAUACAAGCCGAUGCUACAUCCUGGUCACUGCGAUGAUUUACGUCACUUCCGGUCAAGAUCCAAGUCCUGGGCUGCAGGAGACAAGAAAAGAACGAUAUCACGACGUCCCUGAACUACACAACUACAAAAGGGAGGGACGCAUGUCAGAGCUUCAUGUCAGAGCUUCAUGUCAGAUCUUCAUGUCAGAGCUUCAUGUCAGAUCUUCAUUUCAGAGCUUCAUGUCAGAGCUUCAUGUCAGAUCUUCAUGUCAGAGCUUCAUGUCGGAGGUUCAUGUCAGAGCUUCAUGUCAGAUCUUCAUGUCGGAGCUUCAUGUCGGAGGUUCAUGUCAGAGCUUCAUGUCAGAUCUUCAUGUCAGAGCUUCAUGUCGGAGCUCUUUGUCAGAGCUCUAUGUCAGAGCUUCAUGCCGGAGCUUCAUGUCGGAGCCAGAAACAAUUCUCUAUUGUUCGCAUUUCUUCCGGAAAUGGUUGUUGAUGUUAAAGAUUCUGAAGGGAGGCAUGUGUUUACUUGAAGGACAAAUCAAUACCUACAAACUGACCACCCCCGUCGUUUUCAUCAUGUAGUGCUAUGUUUCCUUUCCUUGUUUUGAGACAUGAUCGACAGUUCAGGACGAGGACCUGUACAUGUACAUUGUGUCGACUGUAGUUUAUCUUUGUCUAGUGCUAUAUUGACUGAA